AUGACCACUACAACUAAUACUACUAUACCAACAAAUAAUUAUUUAUCAUCAACAAUUAAAAUGAAUUUACCUCAAAAUUUACUACAUCCAAUUGAUUUUUGGUCUAAACAUGAUGUACAAAAAUGGAUUGAAUAUUGUAUUGAUGAAUAUUCAUUAGGUGAUGUUAAUUUAAGUGAUUUUCAAAUGAAUGGUAAAGCAUUAUUAUUAUUGAAUGAAGACAGUUUUAAACAACGUUCUCCACGUUCUGGUGAUAUUUUACAUAAAGCUCUUCAACAACAUAAAGCUAUGCUUAAAUCAUGGCAAUGUCAAGCAUUUCCAUAUCAAUUAUGGAAUAAUUUUGGUUUUCCACCUUCACCAUCAUCAACACGUCGUUAUAAUAUUCCUCCUCCUCCACCAGUUCCAUCACUACCUAUGUCAUCAUUUCAUCCAAAUGCUGCCGGUGUACUUCCACAUUCAGCUGCUGCGGCUGCUGCUGCUGCUGCUGCUUGUAUGCAUCCAGCAUUUAAUUAUAUAUUUAGUCGUCCUGAAACAAUACCAAAAUCAUCUUUAAUUAAUCAUCCAACAAAUUAUUUUCAUUUAAACCAACAACAACAACAACAACAACAAUCAACACGAAAUCGAGAAAUAUCAGCUUCAUCAUCAUCAUCAACAUCAUCUUAUUGUCCAGAUUUAACAUCAGCUAAAAUUUCACAUAAAUUACAUGAAAAAUCUGAUGUUAAUCACCCGGUGCAUGAAUCGAUAGGUAUAAAACGUGAAGCAUUAUCACCUGGCAUUCAGCAAUCAAAUCGUCAGCCAACACCAAAUAGUUCACCUAUGACAACAAGAAUUGUUAGUCCAUCAAUAAAACAAGAAACAUUAGAUGAUGAAGAUGUUGAUAUUGAACAACAUGAAACUGUUCCAACACCACCUAUAACAUCAAGUUCACCAUCAUCAUCUCCUCAAUCAUCAUCAUCAGGUUUAUCAAAAUUAAAUAUAUUAAAUAAUCAAUCAAUACCAUAUAAAGUUCGUUCACAUUUAUCAACAAGAAUGAAACAUCAACCAAAUGAUGUAACAAAUACAGGUGAAAAUAAUCAUGAUUUAGAUGGAACUAGUCUUGCAAAUGAUAAUACAAGACAAAUACGUUAUUAUCAUGAUCGAAUUGAUUUUCGUGGUGAUAUUUUAAUGAAACCACCAGCAGCAAAAAAUUGUCGUAUUCUAUGGGAAUUUUUGUAUAUUUUACUUGAAGAUCCUCAUUAUGAAUCAAUUAUUCAUUGGGAAAAUCGUGAAAAAAUGAUUUUUCGAAUAAUUCAAGCGGAUAAACUUGCUGCUCUUUGGGGCCUUCAAAAAAAUCGUUUAUCCAUGACUUAUGAAAAACUUUCACGUGGUAUGCGUUAUUAUUAUUCAAAUAAUAUUAUAUCAAAAGAACAAUCAAAACGAUUACUAUAUCGUUUUAUGCGUUCACCAGAUGAAAUUCGAAAAAGUAUGAAACGUACUGGUGGUACAACAAAUAUGGUUUAUUCAAAUUUAAGUAAAAAACCAACACUUUCAUAUCAAUCAACAGCUAGUCCUGAUAUUCAAGAAACUAAUAUGAAAUAUAAUCCAGACAAUGAUGAUAAUUCAUCAUCAACAACUUAUACAAAUCAAUCAUCAACAUCAAUACAUCCGACUUUAUAUCAAUUAUUUUCAAUUUAUUCACCAUCUCAAACAUCAAUGGUAUCGAAUUUAAAUUCAAAUACACCUUUAUUAUAUAAUUCACGUAAUGUUAAUAAUAAUAAUUCAUCAUCAUCACCAUCUAACAUUCCAUCAUUUGAUACAAAACCAUUACCAUUAUUAACAACAAUUGUAAAAAGUGAUCGAUCAAAUUCAUCAUCACCAGAUUCAUUGGAUAGUAGUCGUGAUCGUACAAGUGACAGUGAAAAACAACAUUGUAGUCCAUCUCAAUCAUUAUCAUCAUCUACAUCAACAUCAUCAUAUUCAACAUCAACAAAACGUAAACAAGCUGUUCCAUUAUCAUUAACAGCUCGUCUAUCUCAUCAAUAUCAUCAUUUAGAACAACCACUUAAUUUAACUGCUAAUAAAGAAGAACAUACAAUAGGAGAUUGUAAGAAACAAAAAGUUAUGUCACCUCCGUCCAUUGCAUGA